GUCCACGUCUGCUCUGUUUGAUUCCAUCCCGCACAUCCCCUCCUCUUUUUGGACCUUUUGGACCAUCUGGACGAGUCCUUGGUCCGUUCCAGGCUCCAGUCUCCGGCCAUGACGCAACUUUUCGCUUCCAGUCCGUCCUCGGUGACGAACGAGAAACGCGGCAACUUCCCGAGCCUAUCUCUGGCCUCCAAGAAACAACAUUCAAACGAUUCAAGUCACUUUCCCACCAAGAUUCGAAACUUCUUCCGCAUCAACAGCUCCAGCAGUAAUGUCUCCCAUGUCAGUCACCACAGCGGAAGCGAUCGGAGUCAUGAAACCAGCAACCUCUCCUCGUCACCUGGCAAACACGAAUCCAAAUCCACCUUCAGACAGUCCCGAUUUCUCCCCACCAUUGGUCGCAAUCGCUCGACCACCGUCGCCAGUGAAGGAAACCCGCUAGACGAAGGCGUGUCGCCCACGGCAACGGCGAACCCAUACUUCCAACAUCAAGGGCAGCCGUCCUUGCAGCAUCGUAAUGAUGGAUCCAUUCCCUCUUCUCCACCAGAUACCCCCGAGUUACAGGUCGAAGGCGUCUCCGCCGCCGAGCAAGCGACCACCGCCAACAAGGAAGAGUUGGCUCGCAAACUCCGCCGUGUCGCUUCGGCGCCCAAUGCGCAGGGUCUGUUUGCCCGCGGCCAGGCUGGUGAACGGCCGCAGACCGCCGAGCAGGACCAGGAGCCCUUGCCGGUGGGGUCGAGUAGUCUCGUUCCUCAAGUGACGACAGUCGAGGUGUCUGAAGAGCAAGAAAUCAACCUGGCCGUGCCGACACUUGGUGCUGACGGCAAGAUCCCCACCCCUGGCCAGAUCCGAGAUUCCGUUGCAUUUCGCCGAACAUACAGCUCCAACUCGAUCAAGGUGCGGAAUGUGGAGGUCGGUCCAGGCAGCUUCGACAAGAUCAAGCUGAUUGGCAAGGGUGAUGUGGGCAAGGUGUAUUUGGUCCGGGAGAAGAAGACCAGCCGACUCUAUGCUAUGAAAGUGCUGAGCAAGAAGGAAAUGAUCAAGCGUAACAAGAUCAAGCGCGCGUUGGCUGAGCAGGAAAUCUUGGCCACUAGCAAUCAUCCAUUCAUUGUUACGCUCUAUCACUCUUUCCAGUCCGAGGACUAUCUUUAUCUCUGCAUGGAGUACUGCAGUGGCGGUGAAUUCUUUAGAGCCCUGCAAACUCGGCCAGGAAAAUGCAUUUCGGAAGACGCCGCCCGUUUCUACGCUGCGGAAGUGACUGCUGCUCUGGAGUAUCUUCACCUGAUGGGAUUCAUCUACCGUGAUUUGAAACCCGAAAACAUUCUCCUCCAUCAGUCAGGCCACAUCAUGUUGUCUGACUUCGAUUUGUCCAAGCAGUCCGGACCGGGCGGUGCACCUACCAUGAUUCCGGCCCGGAGUGGCAACUCGACAACGUCUCUACCAACCAUCGACACGAAGUCAUGUAUUGCUGAUUUUCGGACGAACUCUUUUGUGGGUACGGAAGAAUACAUCGCUCCUGAGGUCAUCAAAGGCUGCGGACAUACUAGUGCGGUCGACUGGUGGACUCUGGGCAUUCUAAUCUACGAGAUGCUAUACGGAACGACACCUUUCAAGGGCAAGAACAGGAAUGCCACAUUUGGCAAUAUCCUGCGGGACGAAGUGCCUUUCCCUGAACACUCUGGGGCUCAGCAGAUUUCCAAUCUUUGCAAGUCCCUGAUUCGGAAGUUGCUGAUCAAGGAUGAGACAAAGCGUCUCGGAGCUCGGGCUGGUGCCUCAGACGUCAAGACACAUCCUUUCUUCCGACAGACGCAAUGGGCUCUCAUCCGCCAUAUGAAGCCCCCCAUGAUCCCACACCAAAGCCGAGGAACAGAAACCCUUAACUUCCGCAAUGUCAAGGAGAGCGCCAGUGUCGACAUCGGAGGCAGCCAACCGAUGAAGAUGAAAGGGGUUCCCAUGGAUUCCGGUCUGGCUACACCGAAUGCCGAAGUUGCGGAUCCGUUUGAAGAGUUCAACAGCGUCACUCUCCACCAUGAUGGAGAUAUGUAGAGUGAUUCUACAAUGUUGUUGGGACGGAUGCUCUGCGCUCUGUCUAAGGACGGCUGAUGAACGAGUUCAGGCUGACACUUGGGCUCUGGCACGACCAUGACGCAUUAAGACGAAGACUUAUUGGAGUUCA